AUGCCGCUUCCACCGGCUUUAUUAGCCAAACUUAACAAAAGAGGCAUAUUAUCGGCAAAACAGAAAAACUCUGAACCUUCGCUCAAGAAACAAGAAUUCAAAGGUUUAUCGACAUGCCCGAACAAAUCCAACAUUUACCACGAAUGCAACGUUUGGUGUGAAAAUCAUUGGAAAGGAACAACUACACCGGACCCAAAGUAUUUUAAGAACAUGCAACGAUUGCUGGUGAAGUACCCGUUACCCGGUAACUGGACCGAAGUUUUUGAUAAAGGCAUCGGCAGGUACUAUUACUGGAACAUGGAGAACGACUUGGUUUCUUGGCUCCCUCCCAAACACCCUAAAUCCAUAAAGUGCCAAAGCGCAGCCAAACUACGCGAAAACCGGCUCAAAAUGAAAGAGCGUGAGGAGCGCAUCGACAACGAAAAAGACGCCGACAAAGCCCUUAGAGACCGGGACAAAGACAGAUCCUCAGACGACGAAGAUAAAGACAGAUCCUACAGGAGCAAACACUCCGAUCGGAGGGAAAGGGAGCGAGAGGAGCGCAGGCGGAGGAGAGAAGAAAGGCACAAGAAGAGGAAAGAAGACAUUGAUCCGAUGGAUCCCGCUGCCUAUUCGGACGUUCCGCAAGGCGGUUGGAGCGAAGGGCUGGAGAACAACAAAGGUAAAGCCGACAGUACUGCUUCUGGAGUGUUGUUCCAACAGCGGCCUUACCCCGCCCCCGGUGAAGUGCUGGCUGCCAAUAAGGAAAAGGAUAAAACUAAGAAGGACAAAUGA